AUGUCGGAUAUUGCACCGGUGCAGCCGUUGGAUCUCCUCCUCCAGCCCGGCUUUCGCUUCCACCCUACCGACCAGGAGCUCGUGAUCCAUUACCUCUACCGCAAGGUCUAUGGCCUCCACGACCACCACCCCUUCAUCCCUGAGGUCCACGUGUAUCAGCACGAGCCCUGGGAGCUGCCAGGCAAAUCCUUCUCGCCCAACACACAUGACACCGGAGCCAAAGUGGAGUGGUACUUGUUCACGGUCAGGGCCCGAAAGUACCCCAAUGGGCAUCGCAUGAAGCGGGCAACGCUCACCGGCUUCUGGAAGUCCACCGGGAAGGAUCGUCCCGUCAUGCACAACGGUGUCAUCGUCGGCAUGAAGAAGACGCUUGUGUUUCACACCGGCCAUGCGCCUGGUGGCACACGCACCGAUUGGGUCAUGCAUGAGUAUCGUCUUCAGGGCCAACGCAACCACCACAUUCAAGACACCUAUGCAUUGUGUCGAGUCUUCAAAAAGAACAGCACAGACAACGAUCCCAUACGGGUCGAGUCCGAUCUUGCCUACGUUGGCAAGGAUCUGAUGCAGUCCGUGCUCUGUGGCGUCGACACAGACAAGGAUCACAUACAGGUCGAGUCUGAGUUCGAUGGUGUUCACGCGCGCAAGGGAAAGAAGCCGUUCCUCACUGAUGGUGGUAGCACGAGCAUGGAAAAUAUGGAGUUCCUCACCGGUGGCGCCAACAAAGACAAAGAAGGGAUGCAGCCUAUGUACGCCGGCGCCAGCGCGGAUGAGGACAACUAUGGCAACCCUUGGUACACCGCAGCCCUUGCGGAAGAGGAUAAUUCAUGGAUGCAGCCCCCCUCAUAUGACGACUGGUACACAAGAGUCGACCUGGACAAGGAUGAUUCCUUGAUGCAGUUCAUCUUCGGUGGCGUUAUGCUCUUGACCGCCGACUGA